AUAAAAAGAUCUGAUUGCAGUGUUCCCUGAACUUUUCCAGUCCUCGAUAGGACGUACGGAUUCGACAACGAGGAGCGAUGCGGAUUAGAGUCCGCAGCGAAUGAAAUAAAUGAUUGAAACGUGCUCGAUUACUCGGCCACAUUUCCACCUUAGUACCACUGGGAAUAAUAUGAGAAAAGAGACAACCGAGUGCUCAGAGAUUCGGGAGCGGCAGCCGCCAUGCACGUAUUCACAGCCGUCAGUGUGCAGUCUCUUCUGCGAGUGCUUGGAUCUUCCAGAGCAGGGUCCUGAGCGCAGGGUCUGAGCACACUAUAGAGGAUGCAAUGGGAGACCUACUCUUCUUGAUGGACAGCUCUGGAAGUAUCUUACCUUAUGAAUUCAGUGGAUUGAAAGAGUUUGUUGUUGAUUUACUGAAGCCAUUCACCAUCGGCCCAAAGGAUGUGCAGAUCGGUUUUGUGCAAGUUAGUGAUGACCCAGUGGUGGAGUUUCCAUUUAAUAAAUACACAUCCAACACUGCUGUGCAAUGGGCUCUUCUGAACAUGAAACAGAAACUUGGAGAUACCAAUACCGGCAAGGCAUUGACUCAUGCCAAAGACACCAUGUUCACACAGAAGGCAGGAGCCAGACCAGAUGUUCCAAAGGUGCUUGUAUGGCUGACAGAUGGCGUAUCAUCAGAUGACAUAUCAGAGCCCGUCAAACUCCUUAAGGAUCUUGGGGUGACAGUUUUCAUUGUUAGCACAGGCAGGGGCAAUUACAUUGAAUUGAAAGCUGCUGCUAGUGAACCAUCAGAAAGUCACCUAUAUUACGUAGAUCCUGAUGAUAUGUAUGUUAUUAUGGAGGAGCUGCGUAACGAAAUUCUAGAGAUUAUCCAGCUUAAAAAACUGAGAGCAUUGGACAUCACAGCAAGCAGCUUUCGCUUGUUGUGGCCCAAGCUGCUUAGUGACAGCACAGGCUAUUAUUUGAUUGAAUACAGUCCGCUCAUGGAUUCCCAGAGCAAAUCAUGGAAGACUGUCACUGGAGAUGAAACAAGUGUUGUUUUGAGACAGCUGCUCCCAGAGACCACCUAUGAAGUGAAACUUACUCCAAUAAAUACCAACCAUAACAAGUACCUUGUGACAAAGGUAACUACAUUGGAAGAGGAGAUGAGCCCACAGGUAGUUGUAAUUUCUGAGUCACAGCCAAGAAGUUUUCAUGUCAGCUGGGCCCCCACUCCACACAACGUUGCUUCUUAUGAGGUUCUGUAUGGGAUCCUACCAGGGGGUGAAACCAACUUACUCACCGUCAGUGGCGACCAGAACACCACCAUUGUGAACAACUUGGAGCCCAAUACUACCUACUUGGUGACCGUCUCAGCGAUGUAUCAAUCUGGCAGAACAGAAGCAUUAUCAGUGAAAGCUUGCACUCAAGAUGAGAGUUCUAAAGUCCGCAAACUGAAGCUUAUUAAUAUCAGUCCUACUGGUGUGGCAGCCUUGUGGGACCCUGCAAGAGGCAAAGUGCUGCAGUACAGGGUACAGUGCACACGUCGUCGAAGAAGUCCAUCUGUGAGGACUGUCCCAGCACAGGUUCGAGGAGUACUAUUAACAGAUCUUAUUCCGGGGACUGAAAACCGGAUUUGUGUGAAGGCAGUGUAUAGAAAUGGUGUGGGGAGAGCCUUGUGCAGGACGGCACGCACACCCCAGCAACAAGAUAUUUUAUCACCUGAGAAACAAUCUACCAAAUCAUUCUGCACCCAGAAGCACCAGUGCUGGCAAAAGAGAUGAAUCAUUCCUAAAGAUAAUGGAAAGCUGUGAAACAACGGGAGGAUUUGCAACAGAAAAAAUCACAAAACAUUAAGCCAACAUUUCUAUAAAUCCCUCUGCAGUUCACUUGUAGAGUUCAUUGAUGGACAGUUGAAAGUGUAAAUCCAUGUUGUACUGUGAUUCCAGGCUCUUGACAAAGCAGAAUCCUCCUCAUUGAGUGUGAACAGCACUUACUGUACAGAUUUUGUGAAAACGUCCUUCCCGGAGAUGCCUUGAAAACUCUGCUUCUUUUUUCACAUUCCUAUUGAACAGAGCCAAGAUCCAUGUAGUUGUGAUAGUUCCAAGAUGCUAUGCCCUUCCUUUAAACUGAAGAGCAAAAAUCUGGCUCAGAAGCAGCUGGUGUGUUUCAUUUUUGGCAGUGGAGUUAUUAUGAAAUUAUUUUGAGUACAAAUGCCAAAAUUGGAAAAUAGCUCUAUCUUUGAAGGGUUUUGUUCUGAGUAGCUGCCCAAGAGGCAGAUUCAUGCCCAUGGCAGUUUAAUAUACCUUUCAUUUUAGCUUUUUUAUUUUAAAAGUUUUGAAAUGAGAAAAGGUCUCUUGAAAUACUAAUGUGAUGUUGAGCAAUGCACAAGAUCCCAGGUUUAAUCCCCAGUUCUCAAAGAGUGAGCUACUCACAGGCUGAAUGGGUGUGGGGAGCUGCAGGUGGCCUCAUGACCCUCAAGGAGAUGAAAUAUCAAUCUGGAUUCCUCUUGGUUGCUAUCCCAGUGACUUAGUCAUUUAGUGUGUGUGUGUGUGGCCAUGCACGUGUGUGUGUGCAUUAGUAUCAAAGAGACAAUAUAAGCUUCUGAAACAGGAAAAAACAAUUAGAUCUUGCAGCCUAUCAAUAUGGGACAAGAUAUUCUGAAAGAAAAAGUAAACUUUGUUGGAUUUGUGCAUAUUUUAUGGGAUAGCAAAUGCUAGCGUGUGAUGUUUUUAUUUACUAGUUUGUUCAAUGACUGCCCAAUCCUCAUAAAAUCCCAUGUAAAUGUAGCAGUUUAUGUAUUUGGUUUCCAUGCACAAUUAAACGUGUGUAACUCACACAUUAAAUUAAAUGUGAAUGUAAGUGUGUCACCAAGGAAUUGAUUCCACUGCUAAUUAGGCUGCAAUUUCUGUGUUUUGAAAGCUAUGUUUUCUUUUUCAAUAACCAUAAGUUUCUCAAUACUGUAGAUGAUAAGAAAAGACCAAUAUGAAAUGUGAUGUUGAUCUGACCUGAUAAUGCAGCUGCUUUUGGUACUCCCCUGUAAAGCAUCAAUUAUAAGGAAAAGCUAGAAGAGUAUAUUGUGAGUAUUGUCAGAGGGUUUCCCAAGUGACAUAUUUGGUCUUGAGAACCCUUCGCACAGGACAUAACCAUUUAGCUAAGAUGUCUUAAUAUUCCAUUCCUCUAAAAAAAAUAUCUUAUCAGUACUUAAACAUCCAUAUAUAUCCUCCCUCCCCAUAUUAUCAGGAGUAAUUUAUUAACUAGAAGUUCAUUCAUAAGGAACAUUGAUCCAUUAUUUGUAUUAUACAUUUUUAGAAAAAGGAAUCCAUUUCAAAAUUGCUUUUGUUACAGGUCGACAAUAGACCAAUCAAAGCAAAGCUACCAUCAUUGAAAAAAUUGAUACAAGCAGAAGAAUUAUUCCUUUCAAUUACUGUUCUAUUAGUCAGCACCGUGGUGUUUGCUUAUAAUGUUGGUUUCAUUGAUAGUUUUGUGGUGUUUGAGGAUUGUUGAACUGUCCAGAAUGUUCUGUACAACAUGCAUGGUGUGUUGCAACCAGCAGUUAUAUAUCACUUGAACUAUAUUCAAAUUCUUUUAAAUUCACCUUUAACAUGUUAGUACACAGUAACCAAAAUACCAGUUAUGUGAAUCAUUAAAAAAGGUUCCAGUAGAAUGAACAAAACCUCCCAUUUUAAUGUACAAGAAUGCUGAAUGUGCUCUAUCAUGAAAUGUGGUUUACUGCCUCCCUUUAAUGCCUGAGUAUGAAUCUACUUCAAACCAUCAAGAAGGUUUCAGUGAGCCAAAUAGAACACUUCACUUUGUUUUCAUUUGAAAUAAUUAAUUUUGUGGGAUCAGCAGCCAAGAAUGGGUCUUAUUUGGUCUUGGGCUUAAUGGCUGAAUAGUUUCCUUCCAUUUUGUAAUGAUUCUAUGAUUCUACCUACUGUAAAAAAGCUAUUGAGUUAAGGUUGACCCUCCAAAGCAGCUAGCGCCUCCAACUUCAUAUCUACAAAAUCCCAUAUUAAAUAUUCAGCAAUGUAAUGAUAAAGGACUUAGAUAUUAAUUCAAGCUAUUAUGUUUACUGAAACAUCAUGUACAACCAUCCUUCACUGGUCAUUGUGAAAUUCACUGCAUGCAAAAUUAUUAUUUAAAAUAUAUGUUAUACAUCGACAGAUGAAAUCCUGGAACAGAACUUUACAGUUAAUCUUUAAUUAGUAAUGCUGGCAUACUACCAAUCCACAGGAUCAAUGGAUAAUUCUGCCACAGUAAUAUCUACUUUAAUUCCAGCUAAUAAACCAUUUUCUAACAUUCAA